AGUGUGUAGUGUUUUGUAGCGUUGGAUGAAUUUAUAAAACUUUCGUGAAAGUGGUGUUUUCUCACAAUAAUUAUGUCAAUUUUCAAUGAAUUACUACCUAAACUCAUUGAUAUAUCCGAUAAUUCCGCUAAAAGCUUCGUUGACGAGCUUCAGGCCGCCCUUGAGUGUCUGGAUAAAUUCGAAGAGGAGUACCAAAAUGGACGCGGGAACGCCCGGGAUAGGGCCCAGAAGGAUAAAACCCUCAUGACAACGCUUCAAAGCAUCCAUGAAGACGACGAUGAAUCAAACAAAACACCAGAAUCGGACAAAUCAACCAAAAGCAAUGACGAUGACAAGACAAAGGAAACCAACGGGAAGCGACGGGUGUCGAAGAAACGUAGCAAGGACGAAGUGGAAGGCUUGUCAAGCCCUGAGCUGGAUAAAAGGCAGAAGAGAAACGCCUCUGUUAAAGCACAGAGUAUUAUUUCUAAACAGGUGAAUGUAAACCUCACCCAGAAGUUACGUCGCGAGAAUUCAGCCGAGAAGAAGUCGCGACGUCGCAAGGACGGAGAAGACAAGGAAAAUGAUGAACCAGCUGUGCCUGUUAUACAGAUCAAACAAGAGAAGGUCUCCCUACCGCCGGAACCGAUGGACACGGAGUCUUUGCCACUCAAUAUUGACAUCAAACAGGAACCUGAUAAGGAUGAGGUUGCCAUGCCGCCGCCCGUCGCUCCGGUGCCUAAACCCCGCAAAGCUCUUCAGAAGGAGAAAGACAGAGAAGAGAGUGUAGAAGAAGAGAGCGGUAGUAAGAGACGCAACACACGGACGAGAAAGCAAACAGAUGCUGACACUAUGCCGCCGCCUGUUGCUCCAGUGCCGUCGGCUCGCGCCACUCGCGCCAGUUCCCGCGCCACCAAGCAGCUGGACGUCGAGGACAUGCCUCCGCCGGAGGCGCGACCCAAGCGGACACGAGCUAAGAAGAAAGUGUCAGAAGCCUCAAGCACGGAAGCUGAAAAAACUCAAACAUUAGAAGAAAGUGGAUUAGCAUCCCCAGCUGAAAAGCCUAGACCGAAAAGGACUAGAAGAGGAAAGAACGCUGAAAAGGAAGCCCAAAAAGUGGAGGAACAACAAAAAGAAAUACAAGAAAUAAAUACGACGACACAAAUAUCGACAAAAGAAGAGAGGAUAUCACAACCCGACUCGCCAGUCCUACAAAAACCCAAAAACAAUAAAAAGACACAAAAAACAGAUGACGACAACAAAAAGACCAAACAACAGACUUUGAAAGAGAAAGAACAGACUUUGAAAGAAAAACAACAAACUUUGAAAGAGAAACAACAGAAUUCAAAACGACAGAGUUCCAAUGAUAAUGUGGAUGGUAAACCGAAUACUUUAAAUGAAACUCAAGUGAUAACGCAGAAUAUGAAUGUUACCGUUACGCUCAACAAUGAUAUGGACAAAACUAUGGUGUUACCUAACGGGGUAUACAGCCAUGCGCCGGUAACACCACAGAGUAUUCGUGUUAACGAGACGAUGGUGAUUGAAGCGUGUACCAGGGAGACCAUGGUGAUUGAAAAGGCUAAUAUUAAUGAUGCAACCGUCGUCAUUGAAAAAGAAGCUAAACCAGCGAACAUGACAGACGACAACUCCCUGCUAACUGACGACGGCAGCGAGAGUGAGGUACACACUCCACCGAAGCCGGUACCACAAACUCAAGCUACGUCUGCUGUGAAAGAAAAGGUGCAACAAUUCGAGGAACUAGCCGCCAGAACUACACGGACUAAAACGCGAGCGAUGGCCAAAAUAGAGGACCAAGACAACGUCACGCCACCAGACAAGAUGAUCAAGCCAGUCCUGUCACAGGAAACCCUCAACAAGAUGAACAACAUGAUCUUCAACGGGAAACCACCUCAGGUAUCAAGCUCAGCGUCGAAACCCCGAGCGAUCCCCGUCCCCAAGGCGCACCAGCCGGCGUCUACCUCCAAACUAAGUGCGCUAUCGAGACACAAGGAGGCGGCAGAAGAAUCGUUAAAGAAGGAGAAAGAAGACGCGAGGAAGAAGAAGGAAGCCAUGUUGGAGGCUAAGAGGGAGUUGCAGAAGAAAAAACGCGAAGAGAAGAUGGCAAACGCGGCCGCGGCUCGUGAAGCGGCCGAGAGAGAGAGGAGACUGGCCAUGGAAGCGGCUGCCAAGGACAGGAUGGAGAAACAACUGCACGCAGACCAGGGCAAGCUGGAGAGGCUGAAAGAGGUCGAGAGGAAAAAGCAAGAACUAGCGCGGAAAGUAGCGGAGACAGAAGAACGCAGACGGGCGGAGGAACAAGCGAGACACGCUCGACUAGCAGAGGAACAGAAGAAGGCUGAUGCCGCUAGGAGGAAGCAGCUGGAAGAGGCUGAGGCAAUGAAGAAGGAAGCGGCGCUAAUGGCGAAGGAGAUAGAGAAGAGACAGAAGGAAUACAUGGAGAAACAGAAGAUGAAGCAUAUGAGCGAUAAACUGCACACCCCGCUCAAGACCCCCGGCACCCCGGGCUACUAUCCCAUGGAGCCGGUCUACAUGUGUGACGGGUUCCAGUACCUCAACUCUGAUGAAGAUGAGGAGCCCGUGCAGCGACCCGUGCCUGCUUGGAGCUCUUCUAAGGCCCGCAAGCUGGCGCUGGUGGCGCAGUCGUCGGUGCCGCCGCAGCACAUCGACGCGCUGUUCUCGGUGCGCGUGCACAGCCCCGACCUGCGCGAGAUCUUCCCCAACAUCGAGCGCGCGCGCCUCAAGCGCACCUCCUCCGCCGUCUGGCGCACGCCGCCCAGGCUGCCGCCGCUCGCAGAGUGAACAUCGCAGCACAUUCACCCGGGCACAUCAAUUUGAAGUCGCAGGCGGCGCUUUGUAAAUAUAAUUAUUUUAUCUUUAUUAAUAAUUAUUUUUAUUACAAAAAUAAUGUAAUCACGAUAAAUAUUACUUGUAAUGAAGUAGCUGUGUUUAAUUGUUUGCUACUUACGACAUUUUCAUGAAAAAAUAUUAGUGAGGGUUUUUCCAUGCCACGUUCCUCGUAAAAAUAGAUGGUGCUGUAAAACCUUACCUUCGUUUAACCUUAAUUUCAUGGAUAACAGACAUAUGCAUCUUUUUACGUUUUUGGGUAAAAAUGAUAACCCUUACACCCAGGCACAACACAUCUUCCGCCCAUUAUUCUGAUCAAAACAAAGAGGAGCAAUAUAGCAACAUAAUUCUAUACAUCAUCAUCAUCAUCAGCCCAUUAACGCUCCCACUGCUGGGGCACGGGCCUUCCCUAUGGAUGGAUAGGGAGAUCGGGCCUUAAACCAUCACGCGGGCCCAGUGCGGAUUGAUGGUUAUUAACGACCGCUAAUGCAGCCGGGACCAACGGCUUAACGUGCCUAAUUCUAUACAUAUUUGAUCGAAAUAUCAAGCAACAAUUAUUUUUAUGUAGACUUCUGCCAUUGCUUUAUAAUUUUAAAUGAUUAUGUAUGCAAUGAGAAAAUAGGUAAUUAUCACGAUAAAAUUAUACAGCGCUAAUUCAAUAUUUUUUGGGGAGCGUGGCCGGGAAAGUCAUUCAUUGUGGCUUGGAGACCAUUAUAGUAUUUACUAUGAGUAACAUAGAUAAAACAAGAUAAACUUGAGUUGAUACAGUUGUAUACAAUGAAGUUGUCAGAAAAGUUUCGAAAGACGUAAUGUGCGAUCCUGACGACCCGCUCAAAAGUGACAGCUAACAUUUCAAGGUUAGCCC